GCUUCUUAUAGUGUAUUCAUAUUUCAAACACCAUUCUCAUUCCCAUUUCCUCAAGAAACAUAAUGCCAAUCUCAUAUUCACUCUCAUCAUCAUUCAUUCUUCCAAACUCAAACCUCCAUCCAAUCCAAUUCCAAACCAAAUUCCGAACCAAAAACAACCACCACUUCCCGAACCUAAAAAUCCGAAGCACCUCCCUCCGAACCAACAACAACACAAUCCAAUUCCUAAAACCAUACCUAACCUCCCAACAAAAACCAAUCCUCUACGGUUGGCUCUGUAGCGCAAUCUCCGUCUACUCCCUUUCCAACCUUCUCUCCAAAUUCUCCGCCGUCACCACCGCCACAACAACCGUCGACGUCAGACAAGGACUCGCGCUUGGCGGUUUGGUUCUUGUUCGGUUGAUUGCCACGUAUGCGCAACACGCGCUUCUUUGGGAAGCUUCGUUGAACGCGGUUUAUGAGGUUCGAGUUCAUGUGUUCGAUCGUGUGAUGCAGAGGGAACUUACGUUUUUUGAAGCGAAUGACGCCAUUUCGAGUGGGGAUAUUGCUUACAGGAUUACUGCUGAAGCUUCUGAUCUUGCCGCUACCUUAUACGCUCUUCUUAACACCAUAGUACCAAGUUCUCUGCAAUUUUCUGCAAUGAUAAUGCAUAUGUUGGCUAUAAGUCCUGAACUUUCUUUGAUAUCAGCUAUGGUUAUUCCUUGUAUGGUUCUAGUUGUUACCUUUCUUGGUCAAGAACUUCGCAAAAUAUCUAAAAAGUCACAUAUUAGCAUUGCUGCUCUCUCAGCUUAUCUGAAUGAGAUGCUGCCCGCGUAUCUCUUUGUGAAAGCAAACAACGCAGAGUCACUUGAGAGUGUCAGGUUCAAGAGACUGGCCCUGAUGGACUUCUCUGCGAUGCUGAACAAAAAAAGGAUGAAAGCAGUAAUUCCCCAGGUUAUUCAGGCUAUUUAUUUUGGAGUUCUUUCCAUACUUUGCGCAGGUUCGAUCGUGAUUUCAAGAGGUUCAUUUGAUCGCUGUAGCUUGGUUUCAUUUGUGACUUCAUUGCUUUUCUUAAUUGAGCCUAUUCAGGAUGUAGGAAAAGCUUACAAUGAAUGGAGAGAAGGAGAGCCAGCUAUCGAACGCUUGUUUGCUAUGACCAGGUUCAAAAAUAAGGUGGUUGAGAAACCAGAUGCUGUUGAUUUGGACCAUGUUACGGGGGACCUGAAAUUCUGUGAUGUCUCCUUUAAGUACAAUGAUGGCCUACCUCAUAUCUUAAAAGGUUUGAACCUUCAUGUUAGACCUGGAGAGAUAGUUGCUAUUGUUGGCCCGUCUGGGGGAGGAAAAACAACACUGGCAAAACUGUUGCUUCGGCUUUAUGAUCCUAUAUCUGGUUCUGUACUGAUUGAUAACCAAGACAUCCAGAACAUUCGUUUGCAGAGUUUAAGAAGACAUGUUGGUGUAGUUUCUCAAGAUAUAACACUUUUUUCAGGUACAGUUGCUGAAAACAUUGGUUAUAGGGAUCUGACAACAAAAAUUGACAUGGAGAAAGUGAAGCAUGUAGCUCAAACUGCUUAUGCAGACGAGUUUAUUAGGAAACUUCCAGAAGGAUACAAUACCAAUAUUGGACCAAGAGGCUCAACUUUAAGUGGAGGCCAGAAGCAAAGACUGGCUAUUGCAAGGGCUUUCUAUCAAAAUUCUUCUAUAUUGAUUCUGGACGAAGCAACUUCUGCGUUGGAUAGUAAAUCUGAGUUAUUAGUGAGACAAGCUGUGGAGCGUUUAAUGGAAAAUCGUACGGUGCUUGUGAUCUCUCAUCGCUUGGAAACCGUUAUGAUGGCUAAAAGAAUAUUCCUUUUGGAUAAUGGAAAGCUAGAAGAGCUGCCUCGUUCAACUAUGUUGAAUGGUCACAUGGAUUCAUUGCUAUCUUCUGGUCACAUUGUUUGAAUAUAUUUUAGGCCAUUGGAUUCAUACGUUUGCAUAUCUAUUUUUUUUUUAAAGGAAACGUUUGCAUAUCUAUUGUGAGUGUGAUAAUAUAUAUUCACAUAUAGUUUCAAAAUUUGGACUCUGUACGCAUGUGAUUAUAUGAAUGUUCACCACCUUGUCUGAAUUUGAAUCGGUAAGAUGAGUAGUUAGUAAAGUGAGAAACUCACGAUUUGUUAUGCAUGAGGAUAUACUAUCAACCGGUGAUUUGUUUAUCAAUGGUUGAUAUAUACUUUACUAUCCAAAGUAAAUAGCUCACCUAAGAGGAGUCAUAUCCCUUGACUCCAUUUUCCUUGUAAUUUUGGAAAAUCUAUUGUACAUUCUUCUAUAAUCAUGUAGUAUUAAUAUAAGCAAAGUGUCGUGCUCUUUUAA